UCAUCGCCACCAUGCGGGACCUACGGAAGAAGGAGAAACUAGAGGAAGCAGCGGGAGCAGCACUGGGAAAGACACUGAGCAUCCAACGCCUGGACGUGUGCAGCGACAGCUCCGUGGCCGAGUGCAUGGGGAGCAUCCCGGGGGGCCGGGUGGACGUGUUGGUGAACAAUGCGGGUGUGGGGCACGUGGGGCCGGUGGAGAGCAUCAGCGUGGAGGAGAUGAAGAGAAUCUUCGACACCAACUUCUUCGGCGCCGUGAGGAUGAUCAAGGCCGUGUUACCCGACAUGAAGAGGAGGCAGAGCGGCCACAUCGUGGUGGUCAGCAGCGUCAUGGGGCUGCAGGGGAUCAUCUUCAAUGACGUCUACGCUGCCUCCAAGUUCGCCGUGGAGGGCUUCUGCGAGAGCCUGGCCGUGCAACUGCUGCAGUUCAACGUGUUGUGAGUGCAAAGGGGNNNGGUGAACACGGAUUUCGAGGUGAAGCUGCUGGAGGAGGUUUCCCGCUCCGAGUUUCCCGGCACGGACGCGACCACGUUGAGUUACUUCAAGGACGUCUAUAUCCCGGCGUCCCAGCAGAUCUUCAGCACGUUGGGGCAGAGCCCUGGAGCUGUGGCCGAGGCCAUCGUUGGGGUGAUCACGGCGCGGCGCCCC